AUGGUGGAUGGGAAAGCAGGAGAGAAGCUGGAGAAGCCGCAGCAAGCAGGAAGCGCCAGAGGACCUGAAGAAGAGGCAGAAAAACCUGUGAAAACUAAGACUGUUUCUUCCAGUAAUGGAAGGGAAAAUUUGAGUCACAGCGCAGAGAAGCGAUCAGCUGAAGAAACCAAAGACUUCUCAUCCAAGCCUGUGCCGGCAAAGAUAGCCAAGUUUGGAUUUGCCAUAGGCAGUCAGACCACAAAGAAAGCGCCUGUCAUAUCCAUCAAACUUGGAGCAAGUAAGCCUAAAGAAACUGUUCCAACUCUUGCCCCUAAAACCCUUUCAGUAGCAGCAGUUUUCAAUGAAGAUGAUGAUAGUGAACCAGAGGAAAUGCCUCCAGAAGCAAAAAUGAGAAUGAAGAAUAUUGGAAGGGAUACACCAACAUUGGCCGGACCAAAUUCCUUCAAUAAAGGAAAACAUGGAUUCUUGGAUAACCAGAAGCUGUGGAAACGAAAUAUAAAAUCUCACCUUGGAAAUGUCCAUGACCAAGAUGAUGACUAAAUGAUGUGUUUUGAGAUUGGGGUUAUGGGGUGGGUAUAAUGUUAAAAGAAACAGUUUCUUUUUUUUUCUUUUUUUAAGAAUGGUAUAAGACUAUCUUUGGAGCCACUUUUAAAAAAUUGAGUGGUAUACUAAUAAAUGAAAGUUUGAAAUUAGAGGUAAUUUAUAUUUUAUAUACAGAUUUCGAGACAUUUACUAAUUUUGUAGUUUCAUGUGAUUAGUUUCAAAAGGUUACAGGUAAUAAAGAAGUCAGAAAUGGUAUCUUUUUAAGAAUUGCUUAUUUUUUUAGUCACAACUAUUAGCACAUUAAGGAGGAAACAAAAGUUUUACUGUCUCUUCAAUUGUUCAAAUUGAAAAUUACUGCUUAACUCUAAGUUUACCUAAACUGUCUGGCUCCCAAGAACAGCCUUAUAGAGAAGGAGUGUUGUAGUGGGAGGGAAGUGUUACUGGAACAUUGAUUUUAAAUAAUUUAAACAAAAGAGAAAUAUGACAGCUUUUUCCCCCCUAUGGA